AAUGGUCUGGGGAGUAGUGUCUCUGAUCCAUUACCACAGUAGAUGGCGGUAAUGCUCUUUUAAGAAUGCGAACCGCCAAUAAGCUCAAAGAAGAAGAAGAAGAAGAAGAAGAAGAAGAAGAAGAAGCUCCACCAAUAGGAAGCGGACAGGCGUUCAUUCAGGACUGUCGUGGGCGCAGUGGCGGCUUCAGAAAUGUUUUAUAAACUUUUGAUAGUUGCUUUCCUCGCUGUUAGUUUAUACGGCACGCCGUCAGAUGGACAGAAAAAGAAGGAGACCCUGCUGUCAGAGAAGGUCAGUCAGAUGAUGGAGUGGGCCAGUAAGCGUGCAGUGAUCCGGCUGAACGGAGAGAAGUUCAGGAGGCUGAUCCGAGCCCCUCCACGAAACUACUCGGUCGUCAUCAUGUUCACAGCGCUGCAGUCACAGAGACAGUGUGCAGUCUGCAAGCAGGCAGAUGAAGAGUACCAGAUCCUUGCAAACUCUUGGCGUUAUUCGAGUGCAUUUACUAACAGGAUUUUCUUUGCAAUGGUGGAUUUUGAUGAAGGCUCAGACGUUUUCCAGAUGCUCAACAUGAACUCGGCUCCGACGUUCAUCAACUUCCCGGCCAAAGGCAAACCGAAGCCAGCGGACACAUACGAGCUGCAGGUCCGAGGCUUUGCGGCUGAACAGCUGGCUCGAUGGGUGGCGGACCGAACAGACGUGCAUAUCCGGGUGAUCAGGCCUCCGAACUACGCCGGGCCACUGAUGCUGGGAUUGCUGCUGGCGUUCAUCGGCAGUCUGGCUUACUUGCGGCGCAAUAACCUGGAGUUCCUGUUCAAUAAGAACGUCUGGGCUUUCUCUGCACUGUGUUUUGUUUUGAUCAUGACUUCGGGUCAAAUGUGGAACCACAUCAGAGGACCUCCAUACGCUCACAAGAACCCAAACACUGGCCAAGUGAGUUACAUCCAUGGCAGCAGUCAGGCUCAGUUUGUGGCAGAGACUCACAUUGUUCUUCUCUUCAAUGCUGCGGUGACUUUAGGAAUAGUGCUGCUUCAUGAGGCUGCGACCUCUGACCUGGACUUGGGGAAGAGGAAAAUCAUGUGUGUAGCAGGAAUCGGGCUGGUGUUGCUGUUCUUCAGUUGGCUGCUCUCCAUCUUUAGGGCCAAAUAUCACGGAUACCCUUACAGCUUCCUGUUUGGUUAAACGAAGACCCUCGGAGGAACCGUGGCAAAUAUUAAUGCGCAAAGUGCCUUAAUGUUUAAAAUGAGAGAUUGAUUUGGUAAAGUUCUGCUUGAGCCUG